AUGAAAUGCCUGCUCUUGCUUCUCCUUGGGUGCUCCUCUGCCAUGGCACAACUGCACAAAGACCCCACGUUGGAUCACCACUGGGACCUCUGGAAGAAAACCUAUGGCAAGCAAUACACGGAACAGAAUGAGGAAGUAACACGACGUUUCAUCUGGGAAAAGAAUCUAAAAUUUGUGAUGCUUCACAACCUGGAGCAUUCGAUGGGAAUGCAUUCAUAUGAUCUAGGCAUGAACCAUCUGGCAGACAUGACCAGUGAAGAAGUAAUGCUAUUGAUGAGUUCCCUAAGAGUCCCCAGCCCAUGGCAGAGAAAUGUCACUUACAAGUCAAACCCUAACCAAAAAUUACCUGAUUCUAUGGACUGGAGAGACAAGGGGUGUGUUACCGAAGUGAAAUACCAGGGUUCCUGUGGUUCCUGUUGGGCUUUCAGUGCUGUGGGGGCCCUGGAAGCACAGCUGAAGCUGAAGACAGGAAAGCUGGUAUCUCUGAGUGCCCAGAACCUGGUGGAUUGCUCAAAUGGAAAGUACAGCAAUAAAGGCUGCAAUGGUGGAUUCAUGACAGAGGCUUUCCAGUAUAUCAUUGACAACAAUGGCAUCGAUUCAGAAGCUUCCUAUCCCUAUAAAGCCAUGGAUGGCAAGUGCCAGUAUGACUCAAAAUAUCGAGCUGCCACAUGUUCCAAGUAUGUUGAACUUCCUUACGGCAGUGAAGAGGCCUUGAAAGAAGCUGUGGCCAAUAAAGGGCCUGUGUCUGUUGCUAUAGAUGCGAGCCACCCUUCUUUCUUCCUCUACAAAAGUGGUAUCUACUAUGACCAAGCCUGUACUCUAAAAGUGAAUCAUGCUGUAUUAGCGGUUGGCUACGGUAACUAUAAUGGGAAAGACUACUGGCUAGUGAAAAACAGCUGGGGCCUCCACUUUGGUGAACAAGGAUAUAUUCGGAUGGCAAGAAAUAGAGGAAAUCAUUGUGGGAUUGCUAGUUAUCCCUCUUACCCAGAAAUCUAG